UUUGUUUUAAAAAGAAGAUGCCCUCUCACCUAAUUUUUAGCAGAAAGAUGGAAAAUUCUGCAUUUUUUAAAGAGAGUUGACUCCCCUCAUUUUGGCACUGAUUUUUGCUGCUGUUGAGUGUUCAUUUGCUGGUGGAUCUGCUGAUUCCAGUUAUUGUUCAAGGUUUCAGUGUGUUGUGAAAUGUUUGAAAAAUGCUGAAGUGAUAAAUAAUAACCCAUUGUUAUUUAUCCCACACUGGGGGGUCAGACUUUACCCCUAACUUGUGAGGUAUCAAGCUAAUUAGGAUGGAGGAUGUCAACAUUGAUGAGAAUGCUCCAACCCCUACACCAACUACUCAAGUAACUGAAGAGGAACCUGUGGGGCUUGAGGAUGAUGCUGACAAGAUAAUUAAGCUACUGACCAGAGGAAUAAGGGAACGGGAUGUUGUCUCGAUUUUUGGCAUGCCUGGUCUCGGAAAGACUACUUUGGCGAAAAAAAUAUUCAAAGAUUCUUCUGUUGUUUCUCACUUUGAUGUUCGAGCUUGGGUUACAAUUUCGCAAUCAUAUGAUGUGAGAGAGCUGUUGAGGAAUAUCUAUAAGCAAGUGACAGGUGUUAAGUACGAUGAUGGGGAGAGUGACAUAGCCGAUGUGUUGCGCAAGUGUUUAAUGGGCAAAAGAUAUCUCAUUGUCUUGGAUGAUGUAUGGGAAGUUGAUGCUUGGGAUGAGUUAAGAUUAUGUUUUCCAAUUGGUAAACAAGGAAACAGAAUCAUGUUAACAACU